UGCUGCUGCUGAAGAAAUCUAGAAUAAAAAUGGACAGGUAUUGCUUUCUGUGUUGUAUACUUGCCGCAUGCUGGUUUGUGGUUGUAGAAAACACAGUGGAAUACCAGAUGGUUGAUCAGAGGGUACCAUGCCCUUACUAUGGACUUGAGAGCAAUCGAUUCACAGCCAGCGACCAUGGACUUAUAAACUGCUCCUGGUAUGCACAGAAAUCAUGCUGUAAGCGCACAGAGGUCACCUCAGUUUUCUCCAGCAUGUUUUCUUUGUACGGAGCUUCGAAGAACUGCAAGAACCACAUGAACUAUCUCAUGUGCUACUUCUGUGACCCAGACCAGUACCGCUGGUAUCAUAGUAAGGCCCACGUCUGUGCUGACUUUUGCAGAGCUGUAUUUACUCACUGCAAGGAUGCAAAAUAUGACGGCAAAUCAAUUGGAACAAACUAUCGUAACGGAACAGAUUUCUGCGAAGCUCAGAACUUCCAUGUGGUGGAGGGAGACAACUGCUUUGACUACGACCCAACAGUGUUUGGACGAGCAAAUAUCACACCAACAAACAGCUCAGGGUUAUUAGUGGCUCUGCUGAUAGGGUCUGUCUUACUCAACCUGAAAACUAGCAUCUGGUAUUUUAUCUAAUUUUCAACAGACUAAUGUACAACAACAACAAAAUCAGGUUUAUAUCUAAACUAUUUAACAUUCUGAAAACCAGUCUGUGUAAAUCUGAGAACUAGCACCAAAUUUAUUUCAUAAGUCUUGUUAUAUCUGAAAAAACUGAUGAGAAAAGUGAUAUGGAAUUUUUAUAAACAUGAUUGUGUACAAACUGGAAACUUGUAUCACACAUCCAGAAGGCUUUGUUUUUGUGACCACAUUGUACAGUAUAUAUAGUAGAAGAUGUUUGAGAAAGUAGUUUAUACAACCUAAAAGCUAUUACCUAUCCCUUACAAUGUACAUGUUCGAUGCAAUCUGAAAACUACAUGCAAUAAUAAGUUCACCACAUUAAGAACAAUUGUUUAGACAGUCACAGUGAUUUUUGCAAAAAUCUUUUCAACAAAUUCUUAGCAUCUUUUUCAAAACUUGUAUGAGUCAUAAACCCUUUCACCCCUACGUAACUUCAGUAGACUCUACCAUGCAUCGAUCUGGAUGAAUUCAUUAUGGU